GACCCACCCCACCAAAACUUGACCGUUUUUUGCUCUGUUUCUUUGAGGCGGCUCCUCUCUUUGCCGUUGUUCUUUUGCAAUGAAAAAUAUGAAAAGCCUUUAGCACCCUUCGAAUAAUCUGAGGAUCAACUCUCUCUCAUUAAGCAAAAAAGAUUAUACACUUAUUUGAUUGAUUUCUCUAAAUGGGUUGUUUUCUUGGUUGCUUUGGUGGUGAAAAGGAUUCAAAACGGGGCAAGAACAGGAAUAAUCGGGUCAUCUCUAAACAACAAAGAGAAGGAUUUCAGAAUGUUCAGCAGCAAAGUGUAAUAUCUGCAGAACAAAGUAUAAUAUCUGCAGAACAGAGCACCACAAAAAUAACCCCCACCAACUUGGUUCCUGAGGGAGAGGAGCGAUUGAGCCCGAAUCCUCGAAAAAGAGUUACGUUUGAUUCAAAUAUCACAACAUACGAGCAAGUUUUGGUCGAUGAAAGUACAGAUUCUUUACGAGGGGAUGAUAAAGCAUUCGAGAAAGAAGAGGAGGAUAGUUUGAAAACAAAGAGCCAACUUGACUCCCUAUCUGAAGACAACACUUCUGUGAUAUCCAGUGUUGCAUCCAGUGUUGCAUGUUAUCCUCCAAAUCAUAGGUAUCACAACGUUAGAGACAACGAUGAUGAAGCCGAGGAGGAAUAUGGUGAUAGUGAUUUGGAUGAUUUAGACGAUUAUGAUGAUGAAGAUGAUCAUGAUGACUAUGAUAUUGAUGGCCAAGAAGUGUGGGCUGAAUCAGUUUUGACAUCAUCAAGAGAGUCCACGACAGAAAAUUCUCCAGUUCGAGUAACAAACGAGGAAGUAGAGAGUCGUGUGAUAAAUACCGGUCUACUUGAAGACGAAUUUGAGAGAUUAGCCCACAAGAGAAAUGCAAGAGACAGAAGUGUUUAUGUUAAUUCGGUUCUGAAUCCUAUAGAGAACAUUACUCAGUGGAAAGCUGUGAAGUCUAAAGGGGUAAAGCCUCAAAAGAAGAAUUUCAAGCAAGACUCAGAUCAAUCCAAGUACCGGAAUCAAGAAAUAGCCGUUAAUGCAAGUCUUUCAAAUUGGCUGGUUCCAUCUGAGGGCGAACUCGAGACUAUGUCACAAGGAUCAAAUUCGGUGAUGAGUUAUGAAGAUAGGCCGAUUUUAGGUGCAUUGACAAUCGAUGAGCUGAAACAGAUUGCAGCAUCUUCGACCCCAAGAAAGUCACCAAAUCGAAGCUUUGAUGAGAUGCCCAUUAUAGAUAAUGUUGGGACCUAUUGGAAUCACUCGGAUUCGGCCAAGUCACCUGAAUCAAUCUCUUCUCGGAAGAAUACAUCCAGCAAGUACGAAGAGGUAUUUGUUAAGUGAGAAUUUUGCAGACACUUUCCGUUUGGUGUAAUGUAUGGUAAUUACAAUUUGGUAUUAUGGUUUGUGAAUUUUAAUACUCUGUUUGCAUUUGUUUGUUUGAUUGUUGUUUGUAAUUCUUGUAUUUGUGAUCGUUUCUAUGGAAUUGCUGUUGAAAACUGAUA